UUUUGAGGGGUUUGAGAAGAAGAAACAAUGACCUUCUUCUGUCUACUAGCAAGACCUUGUUCAUGCAAAAGUGGCAAGCCAUGCAACCAUUAACUAAUGGAAGAAGAAAAGAAAUAGAAAGUUAAGGUGCAUGUGAAAACAUGAAAAUACCUAGACAUUGGUUGGGUGAGUAGGGUCACAAAGGAAUGUUUUUAGCCGAAAAGGCAAUGAGCCUCUUUAUCACUUCUGCUGGUAUCUCGGUGUGAGGCUGCAAUUAAUGGCCUAAAUCUACAGAAAAGAGAGCACAGAAAGAUUCUUACUAAUUUCGGUUGAUUUUCAUUAUGGGCACCGAAGGGCCGCUGAAAGUUGUGCCAAGAAAUCAAUUUCAAAGUGGUAUACCUUUUCGGAGAGCAAAAAUUAUAUCGGCUGUUGGGGCAACAGCCAUAUUGGCAUUUCAUGCAGUCCCGCAUCUUUUUCCGCAGAUUAACAGGAAUGCAUUUGAAUUGAAAGUAAAAUCGGAGGUGCCUCAAAUAAUCAAUGAUAUAUACAAAGAGACAUGCGAGAGAAUGGGCAUUAGCAGCUACUCAGAUAAAGAUUUGUUUAUAAACAAUGGGUUUUUGACUGUAAGUGCCGGCUCUUUUUUACUACCAAACAAAGUAGUUAUUGGACUGCCAAGGUCUUUCUUGAUUAAAGACGUCGAAACAUUACGAAAAAGCAAAGUGCAAUUUGAUACUAUUGAAGUCGACUGGGAUUCAAACUGUGGAAGAGCUUUAGAAAAGUCCUUACUUGUCAAAAAUGACCAUGUUGCAUUUGCAAUAGCCCACGAGUUGGCACACAUUAAUAACUUUGAUUUUGUUUACCGUGCAUUGUUGCCUGCAGCAUGGCUGUUUGGUACAUUCAGAGCUGUCAUAUGGAUAUUGCCUAGAGCUCAAAAUGCGCCAACAAAAGGUUUUAAGGUUUUUUUGAGUGUUUUACUAGCCGGUUUUAGUUUUGCUUCUUACAAUGGAUUAAGCAAAAUCUUGAAACAGAAACAAGAGUUACGAGCAGACGAGCAGGCAGCAAAAUGUGGCGUGAGGUAUUGCAAUGGAGGAAUAAGCUACCUGAAGUCACACCUCAGAGUGAAUCGAGUAAUCAGGCAUUUGACUGGGGUAGCAGGGAUUCAAAGGUACACUGAGAAAGGGGAUGAUCUUCAAAACCCCACACAUCCUUUAUUAACUGAGCGAAUCCAACGAUUGCAAGACAUUAAACGAAAAUUGUAUACUGAGAAAAAUGAUAAAUAGUUUAAAAAUGAUUUCAGUUGCAGAGUCGUUUUUUAGUUCAUGAGUAAAUAUUUUGCUAGAUGUCAAAGCAACAUGCUUCAAAUAUAUAAGUGGUCAUAGAAUUGCGACAUUUUGUAAUUUCUUCACAAAGAUUUGCUAAUGGGUAAUGAUUAAUGUACCAACUUUACUUUAUAUUAAAGCUAAUCAAAAUUUUGACCCGUUAAUGUGGGACAUUUAAAUGUGUUGUUAAAGAUAAAGAAGGUUGGCUAACCCAGAAAAAGAUAAUGUUGGCAAUGUCAAAGUGAGUUUCUCUAUGGGUCAGCAAAGAAAUGAGUGUAAUCAGGUCAGAACUGAUGUUGAGAUACCCAAUUCAAAACCUAAAGUAAGGGGUUGCUAAACAGUACUUUCCACAAAUAUUAUAUUGAUUUGCUAGAUUUUUUAAAGACAUACUCAUCUAAAAACCACUUGGCUUAAUCAUAGAUUAUGUUUGGUAAAAAAGAGAAAUUCUCAAGGAGGGGGGAGGGGGCUUGCUAUCUUGCUAUAUAGCCAAAAAAUUAACAAAGAAUCAUAUCCUCUAUAACUGAUUUGUAAAGCAUUGGAAAGUAAGUAACACCCAAGUGUUUAAAAUUUUGAACACCUUACCUGAAAGUAGAUAUAUGACAAAUGUAACAUUUAUUUUCAGAUAAAAAAUUGCACUUUUAUUUGUUCAAAUUCAAAUUUAAAUAAUUAUUUAACAACGUAAAAUACAGCCCCAGAAAGAAUAAAAGAAAGUUUAAAUUGAGCUCUUUGCUUUAUUCUAUGUGCAUCUAAUUGGUCUGUGGAGACAAAUGUUUUGCUCGUCAAAUACAAAAUCUAGAUUUCUAAUGUCUGCAUGGAGAAAUUUCUUUGAAUACUCUUUCACUAAUUUUCAUGCAAGUAGAUGGAGGUUAGAAUCAGUUUUGACUGAAUAUGAUAGAAUAUAUUUAGAAAAUUGAUCAUCAAAGCUUUUAAUUGAUAUCUUUUCCUUCAGUUUUAGCAGUGUAAUAGUCUGGCAUGGUUUUAUUUUAUUUUGUUAGCAACUCUGUUGGAAUAAGCAAUAACAUUGAUUAAAAGAAUAAAUAGAAGAGGCCUAGGAUUGACUCCUGCAGAACCCCACUUAUCAUCUUUUUUAGAUUGGAGAUAGAACCAUUAAGCGUCACAUGUGUAUUUUAAUUGAAUAGAUAAAUUUUAAGCCCAGUUUCAUUUAAAACCAUAACUUUGGAGCUUAGCUAAUAGCUUUGAAUGGCUUAUUACAUCAAAAGCCUCGCUUAGAUCAGUGAAAAUAGCACUUACCAUAGCAUUUAUCAACAAUUUGGCAGAUUUUCUCUUGGAAAGGGUGUUGCAGACAGCUGAGUAGACAGCUUAGAUUUAAGCAGAAAUUUAAUAAAGGGAUCAGAGAGGUAACCAGAAUUCCACUCAGGUUAUCUUUGGUGCAGCAAGGGUUAUUCUAAAAAGAAUUUACAACACCACAAAUUCAAUCACUGGUAUCCUUUUUGCUAAAUUUUGUCAAAGAAUUGAAAAUUAAUGCAGUUAUUUUGCAUAAGGUUAAACAAGGAAGAGGUCGAUCAACACUAUCGUUUUCCACUAGUAGAUAUUCAUUCGGGGAACAAAAUUUUCAUCAUCAAUAUUUGCUUCAAAGAAUGCAAUUUCCGGCAAACUUGAAGCAUUAAGAUUCUAGAAAGUUUUCCCAUUCGUUUUCCCUCAGGUAGUAAUUUUUUUUACCUUUGUCGUACCGAUCUAUAGGGUUGCGAGAUGUCAGGGACUUUCACAAUAAAUAUGAAGAAACAGAGACAAGAAAAACAUACAUUCUAAAUAUCUUUUCAGCCAAGGCAAAGGUUGUGUUUUUCUCACUCUUUUACCCUAGCAUGAAAUGCUUGAAUUGUUUCAUUUUCAAAGAAAUUUUAUCGGAAAAAAUUUCGUUAAAUUUCAUGACGCCCCUCCGGUAGUAUAAAAGCCAGUGACCUCAAAAUGAGUCUUUUUGACUUCAGUGUUAGCAUUGGCGUUGUAGACUUAGACUGUAUAUUUUGAGGGAAUAUGAAGGAUAGUGUAGUUUUACCUAAUAAGAAAAAAUGCUGCGAGGGUCGUGAAAAUAUGACUCUGUUUUAAGCCGCCCAGAAACAAUAGGUAGCCAAUCAACUACUGGCUCUCUUACAAAUAUGGUAUCACUCCCGAGUUCAAGAUGCUGUUUUGACUGAGUUCCAUCCGUGUUCCAAACAAAAAUUCCAUUGCUCCAAUGCCCAAUUCAUUCUCUUUCGAAGCACAGAACGUUUUUUCCGAGUUCUAGGAUUGACUGCUGUUGUCCUCCACAGCGUCUGGAAAAUUGUUUCCAAAUCACAACAGAGAAGAAACUGGCAAUUUAAAGAUUUUGAAAAGACUGUGAUAAAACUUAGUGUAAUGUUUUAUGUUAGUCGGGUUCUUCUUAGGAUGGUGAAGAUACGUUGGGGCUAGGCCAAUGGGCCUAAGCCCCGAAAAAGUAGAACACGAGAGAGACUCUAUUCUGAUGUUGUCUUUAUUCGUUCAACAGCAAGACUAACUCUAAAGUGAACAUUGACGGAAAGUAAUUAAGAGAACAAUACGAACGUCACAAUACAUGUUGACAGACAAACACAUUGCCACUAGAAAGACGUUAACUGACACAACAGGACUCAACAGCACAUGUGACUAUAACAUGCAACUGAGAUAUUACGAAACGUAUCACACACUAAAGCCAACCGUUACAUUAGAAUUUAUAGGUUUCACUUUUUUAUUUUAAAUAUUACUUGUUUCGUGCAACAAUAUAUUUAGCUAUAUGUUGGAAAGCUGACUAAGUUCUGUGCACCAAGGAACUCACUCUGGAUCCGCCUCUGAAUUUUUCCAAUUUCUUAAGGCUUUAGUCCAUAAAAAUUUCCUCGUCUUUGCCCAUCCAAUCUUUCAACCCUGGCUACGCUACUGCUUCUUAUCUUCUUUCCCUUAAAGGUAAAAAACGAAUUUUAGAAAUGGGCGUUUCCUGAAGGGUGUGGCACAGAAAUCCAAUUAGUGUCUAACACCCAAUCAACAAUUAAUUACAAUUUACUUGUAGUAUGAAAAAAAUAAAAGCAUACAGUAGUGUAAUGCAGUGAUAGGAUUUACUAUUUGCUUUCCCUAAAUAAGAGAUAUUUUAAAUUGAAUACUAUUUCCUUGCCAAUAUAAAAGUUGCAUCUAUUUGCGAAAUAUUUUUAUUAUUGCCAUUAAAAGAGGGAAAAAAUUUAAUUACUUUCAUUUCUUCAGAAACGCAAUCAAGCUUGUAAUUGAAUGUUGUUUGGACGUUUGGAAAGACAUUGCUGUCGUAAAUAGAUGACGUCAUUGCUACGUUAUGACACCCGACAGAAAUGACUUGCAGUUAGAAGCGACUGGUUGGUAGUUAUUUGCAAAUUAUUAGAAGCGAAAGUUCGCUGCUCAACAGUCUCUUGCCGUUUAAUUUAUCAGCCAAACGCAAGUUGCCAAAGUAUAAGGUCAUA